AUGCCGCCAAAGACCUCGAAGAAGGCGGACACCAAGGCCGGCAAGGCCCCAGCAAAGAAGAAGGAUGGAGGAGGCGGCAAGGCCAAGAAGAAGAAGUGGUCCAAGGGAAAGGUCAGGGACAAGCUCAACAACAUGGUCCUCUUCGAUCAAGCAACUUAUGAUAAACUUUACAAGGAGAUCACCACCGCCAAGCUGAUCACUCCCUCGACGGUAUCUGAACGUCUGAAGGUCCGAGCAUCACUCGCCAAGGCUGGACUACGCGAACUUCAAGCCAAGGGCCUGAUCAAGUGUGUCGUGCAACACGGAGCUCAACUAGUUUACACAAGGGCAUCCAAGGCCGAUGAAGUCGUUGUCGAG